GUCAAACGAAGAGUCGCAGAAACAAGUUCCUGAGUUUGUUUUUGUCAUUUGUCACCUUGUGAAAAAAGACAUGUAAGGAAGAUUGUUGAGUUCAUAAUCUUGGAGACGCCGGUUUAAUGAUGCAAUAAUGAGAUGUCUUUUGCAUCUCUGACAUGACAAGGAGUAGCAUGCAUCUUCACUAGACUAAAUUCACCACUAGGCCGGCAGUGUCUGGCCAUUCUUUAAUUGAGAUGAAAACGUGAGCCAUACCACAGGAAUGAAAUGGUAGCAACAUGCUUCCCUAGUGACUACUGACUUUCUUUGCGAAAUACACCACAGUCUCCAGGCAUUGACAUCAUCUCGGUGAGAUACCGCGAGAAAGACCGAGAACACAGCGACAAGACAACAAAAAUAAAACCUGGAUAACAAUCCGGAGUACGUGAUGGCGGCGUCGCUACUGCGCCGGGACAAGAAAUCCACAGCAGCCCAUCUAAAGGCCGAGCUUAACCGGACAGACAACAGCUCAGGGGUCCACCAGCUGCAAGAGCUGCUGGACAGCGUAUUGAAUCCGGAGAGGCCGGCAGGAGAUACCGGGGCCUUGGAAUGGUGCAAAUGCCUGCUGGCCGGAGGUGAAGUAUUUGAGGAGUUCUGCAAGACCGUUCGGUCCUAUGAUAACGCCACCUUGUGCGGAUUGGUGUGGACAGCCAAUUUUGUGGCGUACCGAUGUCGGACCUGUGGCAUUUCCCCAUGCAUGUCCUUAUGCGCCGAGUGUUUCAACAGCGGGGACCACACAGGACAUGAUUUCAAUAUGUUUAGAAGCCAGGCUGGUGGGGCCUGUGAUUGUGGUGACAGCAAUGUCAUGCGUGAAAGUGGGUUUUGUAGACGACACCGAUCAAAAACUGGGACAAAUGUUCCUUCAGUCCCCAGAGAUCUGUUGUUGAUGUCAGAAAUGGUUCUCCCUCGAUUCAUCAUAUAUAUCAUCCAGUAUUUGAGGGAUGGAUACAGUGAACCAGGUCCGGCAUCAGAGAGGGAUCUUCAGAAGGUUCUUCAGCAGCUGGAACCGCAGAUUUCAUUUUUGGAAGAAUUAACCAAGAUGGGAGGAGCCAUGCGAACAGUACUUACAAAGAUCUUAACAAACCAGCAAAGCUACAAAGACUUGACCAUGGGACAAGAAGAAAAUGUGCAUGCGAAGAAAAAUUAUGACAGGUACCUUUCAGCCCUUAAAAGCUCUGGAUUGGUGUCAUUGGAUGAAAAGAAUGUGUCAGGUGUAAUCGAGCUAGCUGCAGGAGCUGGUGCCCUAAGUAUUUUAGGUGCAGCAGCAGUAGACCCUGUUGAGUCUUCUAUAGAGGAUGACCAAGAUGGAAGCCAAGGAGUUGGACAAAGAAAGAGGGUGAAACUAAGCAGUAGCACCAAAGAUCCAUCCAUCAUGGAUGUCCUGAAACACAAAUGCUUUUUAGAAGAGUUGUUGUUUUGGACAGUAAAAUAUGAGUUCCCGCAAAAGAUGGUUACUUUUCUACUGAACAUGUUGCCAGAUCAAGACUACAAGAUUUCUUUUACUAGGACUUUCGUUCAACAUUAUGCAUUCAUUAUGAAAACUUUAAUGAAAAGCCAUGAAUCAGAUACCAUGUCCAACAGAAUUGUACAUAUUAGUGUGCAGUUAUUUAGCAAUGAAGAGUUAGCGCGUCAUGUAACAGAGGAAUGUCAGCUACUGGACAUAAUGGUGACAGUUCUACUUUAUAUGAUGGAAAGUUGCCUUGUAAAGAGUGAACUUCAAGAUGAAGAAAAUAAUCGCCAUGUGGUGGUUAACUGUGGAGAAGCUUUGCUGAAAAACAACACAUAUUGGCCUUUAAUUAGUGAUUUUAUUAAUAUUCUCUCACAUCAAAGUGUAGCAAAGAAGUUCUUGGAGGAUCAGUCAUUGCUAAUGUUGUGGAUGAGUUUCGUUUCCUUCUUUCAAGGAAUGAAUUUAAACAAGCGAGAGAUAAAUGAACAUGUGGAGUUUGAAUCACAAACUUAUUAUGCAGCAUUUGCAGCAGAGUUGGAAGCAUGUGCUCAACCAAUGUGGGGACUCUUAACACAUUGCAAAGUCAAGGAAACACAGGAGUAUACAAAAACUGUGGUUCGGUACUGUCUGGAAACACUACAGAUCUGGUUUGAUUCUGUCAACUUUGUGGAUGAGCCGACCCCCCACCAAGUGUCAUUUCACUUGCCCCUUCAUCGCUAUUAUGCUAUGUUUUUGAGCAAGGCUGUGAAGUACCAGGGACUGGACUUAGACAGCCUUUUACCAGAUCAAGAAAUGCUUAUGAAGAUAAUGAUUCAUCCACUUCAGAUUCAGGCAAGCCUUUCAGAAAUCCAUAGUAAUAUGUGGGUCCGGAAUGGCUUACAAAUUAAAGGUCAGGCCAUGACUUACGUACAGUCCCAUUUUUGUAACUCUAUGAUUGACCCGGACAUCUAUCUCCUCCAGAUUUGUGCAUCGCGGUUAGAUCCAGAUUACUUUAUUUCUUCAGUCUUUGAAAGAUUUAAAGUUGUGGACUUAUUGACAAUGGCAUCACAGCAUCAAAACACAGUGCUUGAUCCAGAACACGAAAGACCAAUGUUGGAAGGAUCCCUAACAUUUCUUGUACUGUUGUUGAGCCUUCGCAUUCACCUGGGAAUGGCAGAUGAUGAUAUUCUCAGGGCAGAGAUGGUAUCCCAGCUGUGCAUGAAUGAUCGGACACACAGCGCCUUAUUGGAUCUCAUUCCUGAAAAUCCAAAUCCAAAAAGUGGUAUUGUUCCUGGCAGUUCUAGCUUUGAAGCCAUGCUUUCAGCUGUUGCUGAUUUUAAGGCUCCUGUUUUUGAACCGGGAGGUUCUAUGCAACAAGGAAUGUACACACCUAAAGCUGAAGUCUGGGAAAAAGAAUUUGACCCGAUCAUGGUAAUUCUCCGAACAGUUUACCGCAGAGACGUACAGACGGCAAUGGACAGAUAUACAGCAUUUCUGAAAGAGUCUGACAUUUUUUCUGGAAACCCAUGGCCACCCUAUAAGGAGAGAACACCUUUACAUCCAUGUUAUAAAAGUCUCGUUAGGCUGUUGCACUGUAAAACAUUACACAUUGUGCUAUUCACCCUUCUGUAUAAGAUCUCAAUGGAUCAUCAAAACAUGUCCGAACAUGUGCUUUGCAUGGUCUUAUACUUGAUUGAACUGGGUCUUGAUAAUGUGCUUCAAGAGGAACCUGAAGAAGAGGAACCUUGCAUUGAAGAACAUUGCCACGAUAGCUGGUUUCCUGGCACUAACUUGCUAUCCAACUUGCAUCAUGUUAUUAACUUUGUGAGAGUGAGGGUACCAGAGACGGCCCCGGAGGUAAAAAGGGAACCGCCUGCAAGUACAAGCACAGACUCCUCUUCCUUUGCUCAGACUUCCAGACGAUUUUCUGGUCUCCAAAGACAGAAUUCUGGGGCAGCUCAGGUCUUUAGCUUGGUUGCUGAACGGAGAAGAAAGUUUCAGGAGAUCAUCAAUCGCAGUAGUGGAGAAGCCAGUCAAGCUGUUCGACCGAAAUCCUCGGCGACGAAGUGGAUACCCAAUGGCUCGACUCCCCAGCUAACCACUGCGAUUCUGGAAAUCAGAGAAAGCAUGAUAUCCCUGCUAAUCAAACUGCAUCACAAACUGUCAGCAAAACAAAACUCUUUCUGCCCCCCUUGGAUAGAAGACCCAGAGGCUUUUGUAAGACUUGAUUCAGUAAAGUACUCCCAUGGCGAUGGUAUUAGUGCAAUUGAACGCAUCUUGACAAAAGCCGCCCUCCGAGCUCGACAGAAUAAGCGCUGUAUACAAGAAAUUUGUAUGAAGAUUUCACCACCUGUACCUCCUAAGAAAAAUGGUCCAGCAGAUAAAAAGACAAUGGACAAAGAGGAAAGGCGACAAAAAGCCAGAGAGAGACAGCAGAAGUUACUUGCUGAAUUUGCUUCAAGGCAGAAGAGUUUUAUGGAAACUGCAAUGGAUGUUGAGUCGCCUGAUGCUGAUGUUGCCAUGGACCUUGGAUCAUCAGAGCAGCAGGAUUCUGAGAUCCUUUAUGACUGUGUCAUUUGUGGGCAGAGUGGUCCAUCUACAGAAGAUCGGCCUACUGGCUUAGUAAUUCUGUUACAAGCCUCGUCUGUCCUGGGGCACCGUUGCAAGAGCACUGAGCCAAAGAAGCUGCCAACCAGCGAUGAGGAGCACAUCUACCCUGUGGAUACAUGUGGAGCUACACAUGACGUCAGGCUGACAACAUUGCAGCGUUUCUUUAAUGACAGUUCAUGCCUGCAGUCUGUAUCAAUUGGCUGGGAAGGAGGUGUGUAUGUGCAAACCUGUGGCCAUACUUUGCACAUAGAUUGUCACAAGUCUUACAUGGAGUCAUUGCGGAGUGACCAGGUCCUUCAGGGCUUCUCUGUAGACAAAGGAGAGUUUACAUGCCCCCUCUGCAGACAGUUUGCAAACAGCGUCCUCCCCUGUUACCCAGGAAGGGGGGUUGAGAAAGCCCACUGCCAGACCCCCAGCAACAAAAACUUGUCGGUUCUUGUAAAAGAGGUAGAAGAUUUGCAAGAACAGAUGGGAACAUUCUCAGUAAGCACCAAUUCGGAAACCAAUCUUAGUAGAGAGAUGGAGUCUGUGAUAAAGGAUAUAAAGAACACUACACAGAAGAAAUACAUGGACUACAGCAAAACCCCUGGUUCCCCUGACAAUGAUUUUCUCUUCAUGUACUCUGUAGCUAGGACAAAUCUAGAAUUGGAGCUGGUGCAUCGGGGAGGAAAUCUGUGUUGUGGUGGCGCAAGUGCCACUGCUAAGCGAUCCUGCUUGAAUCAGUUGUUUCAUGUGCUUGCAAUGCACAUGCGUCUUUACAGCAUUGACUCUGCCUACAAUCCGUGGACCCGGCUUACACAGUUGACUCAGAAAAGAGAUUCAUAUGUAUGCAAUGAUGAACGACCAGAGGUCCCAUUGCUUUUCAGAGAUGUUCCAUCUUUGUUGAUUAUAUUUGUCUUAACAAUGCCACAGCCCCUGCACAAAGAACACUUCACCUGCAUUGUGAAGGUAUUAUACACAUUACAGUACAUUCAUGCCAUUGCAACGCUUUCAGUUAAAUUCAGUGCAGAAGAGAGAUUGGCAUGGAAGAAUUCUGGAGCACUUAAAAAGCAUACACCAGAUGCAGAAAAGUCCUGGGAGGUAUUACUGAGUCAUGGGAUAAGCGAACUGUCCAAAGGGAAUCGUCUCUACGAAGUGGCCACUGAGGAAAUGUCAAUGAUUAGUUCCAGUGUAUGGUCCCCUCAGUCCAUAGAGUAUGCUCUUCAGCAGUUCUGCUUACCGUUCCUCAGGAUCAGCAGCCUUCUUCAGCACCAUCUCUUUGGGGAUGAUUUACCUAGUUGCCUGAGUGAAGAGGAAUUUCCUGUGCUGGCAAACUGUCUGGGGAUACUGCCAUCAGCUUUUCAGCCAUCAAACCAGUUACACAGUGCCUCUUGCCUUGAUUGGUCAGUCUCGGCAUUUGAGAUAAUAUCACAGUGGUGCUCUGAAGUAACAGAAUUUGCAGACAUCAAUGCAGAGCAUGCCGUGACUUUGGUUGUCCAGGAUCCUCAUUGGACUGCACCACGUCUCCUCCACUUACCUGAGAAUUACAACACCAUCUUCCAAUAUUAUCACAGAAAGGCUUGUACCUUCUGCAAUAAGGUGCCCAAGGAUCCUGCACUCUGUCUAGUUUGUGGUACCUUUGUGUGCCUGAAGGGACCCUGUUGCAAACAACAGAAUUACUGUGAAUGUGUUCUGCACUCCCAGAACUGUGGGGCAGGAACAGGAAUAUUUCUGCUGAUCAAUGCUUCGGUAAUCAUUAUCAUUCGAGGACAUCGCUUUUGCAUUUGGGGAGCUGUCUACCUUGAUGCCCAUGGAGAAGAGGACAGAGACCUCAGACGGGGCAAGCCGCUGUAUUUAUGUGAAGAAAGGUACAAGGUCUUGGAGCAGCAGUGGGUUUCUCACACGUUCGAUCACAUCAAUAAGAGAUGGGGUCCUCAUUACAACGGAUUGUAGUGCAUCUUCUGUGGGAAGAUGAUUUAUAUUGAAAAAUAAAAUGUUUGUCUGAAAUCCUUUUACAUACCUAAUAUUGUGAACCAUAUACAUAGCCAUGAGGUGCUACUACCAUAGCCAUAGCACUUGAGAAGGAAUCAUCGUGUGUGCAAUCAUGCAUAUAAAGUGGGUUUGAAUGUUUAAUUUAAACCUUAAUGUUACGAAGGGGUGUGGGAGUAACCAAUUACAUGUUUUAAGCACAACCUCCCCCCUUGGCCAUGUGAAUUUUUAAAGGACACCCAGUAAUAAAGAUGCUUGUUCUGUACGUGCCCAAGAAAAUGGGAGAUGUUUUUUUUUUUUUUUUUAAUAAGGUAGACCCACAUUUACAGUCUUAGAUAAAAGUUGAUACCAGCAGCUUUUUGUUAUUUUGCAACCAGAACUAAAUUUGCCCAGAUGUGCUGAUUUUUAAGAUCUUGCUUAAAGGAGUGGAAAGGGUUUUGUAGCAAAUACUCUGAUCCGACACUCUACCCAGACACUGUUAGGUUACAUUGAAAGCCAGAGUUUUGAUUAGGCGUUAAAUGUGUCAGAAGAAAUGCUAUUCACAUGUUUCCUUCUAUUAGGAAUAUAUAUCCCUUUUCUUGACUUUUUUUUAGCUUGCAUUGAAGUGCUUUUUAUUCUUAAUCUACGUUUGUGAGCCCCAGCUGAAAUGAUAUUGAAGGACAAGCUUGUGUGUGGAGUUUAUGCUUUAUAUUGAUGAGGUGGUUCAGUAGAAAAUUGGGUGGAUACCACAUGUGCAGAACUAUAUAAAAUCAUAAAGGCUUAACAUAAAGAACUAACUGUAAUUCAUCCUCAGGAAAUGUCUUUUUGUUUGCUGUUAGUUAGUUUUAGCACGCUGCUGUUAAUGUUGUACAAUGCAUUUUGUCUUUGUAAAGGAUUUUUUUUCUCUUGCUAAGAAAUGAAUUACCACAACAAUUUGGUUAAUUAUUAGUGAUAGUAGCAUAUAGGUUUUACUGUAUUUACCAAUUUUUGUAAGACACCGAACAUGGCAGGUCCUAAUUACUGCGAUGUGUGUUUCAGAGUUAUUUAAUUGGAAAUGUGCAGACUGUCCUGUAAAUGAAACUCUUAUUCAGAUAUUUUCCUGUCAUCUCUCAAGUUUCAUCUGUAUUGUAUUUGUGCAGUGCAAUCAUUACUUUUUUCUGCAUGAAUUCCCAAACAGAAAAAAAAAAUCCAAGAGAUGGUUCUAGUGACUGAUUAAUGCAUCUGUAUCUUCCAGAGUACAUACGGUAUAGUAAGCAGGUGAGAAUGGAGUGGCUAUUAAAUAUCUGUGGAUUUCGCCGUGCAAUGGUGGUGUGAUCGCCUUUAAAUAUGGGGAUGAUUUAUGUUCUGAUGCUUAGUUGGAUUCCACCAUUGUAACUGCUGAAGAGCCUGGAAUAACAAUUAAAGAUCCAGAAUAUAUAUUUUCCUGUAUUUACCUAUCUAAUGCUUACUAGAUGUAGCGAUGGAUUCCAUUGUUUUCUUUCUAGAAUUCUGUUUUUAGAUUCAUGACCAGGUGGUUGGAUAUGCAUUAAUAGUUUGCUGGUUGCUGGUUAUAUUCCAGUGAACCCAAAAAAACACUUAUCUGAUGGCUGCUUAUGGCCAAAGUAGAACGAGUCUUCAUCCCACAUCUUUAUGGACACAAACCCACCUUUACUCUUGGCAUUAAUCUGCAUGCCAACAGGAAGCAGUGCUUUCUGCACAGGUUUAAGGUUACUGCAGGGGAAGUGUAUGUUACUGCUGAAUAGAUGGAUUUCCAAGAUACCAUUCCAGCAUCAUUCUUAAACAAUUAACUAAUAAUAAAAAUAUGAUUUCAGAAUUAAAAAUCAAUUCAAGCAAAUCAUGUAGCUGUAACAGCAAUAGAACAUGAAAUGUUACUGAAUUCUGUAUCUACUUUUAACAUUUCUGGUU